AUGAAGCUGUGGUCAAGUGCUGUCAUACUUCUCUCCAUUGGGCUUUCAUCUGGUUACUGACUGACAGCAAAGAGGCGUGAUAUUACGUCACCGAGAUGAAAGUUGUGUUUAAAGAUGCGCAAGCCUCCACAGUCCCGCAUACGGCUCACUCUUCGAUACUGUUAGGUCUGCUGUUUGUGACUCACAAGGAUAAAUCAAGUUCCUCAAGAUGAAGAGCCUGUUAAUUGGCGCCAUUUUUCUCUCGAUUGGACUUCCGUCUGUGUUGGGUUUGAAGUGCUACACCUGUACCAGUUCCGAGUCAUGGGAUAAAUGUAAAGGAGAAAGCACGACCUGCGUGGCUGCACUUGCUGAUCAAUGUGUUAAGGUUUAUCUUAAAGUUGGCUCAGUCCAAUCGUUCGGCAAAAUGUGCGGAUCCGAUGCUUACUGUGAUCAGAAAACCAACCCUACCUGUAAAGACGCCAGUGGAUCGUUCGAGUGUGAAAUCAAUUGCUGCAAAGGUGACGACUGCAAUGCUGGCUCAGCAACCCGCAUCAGUGGUAUUCUGUUACUGUCAUGCGCCUUGGCCUCUCUGUUGAUCUUUUUCAAAGCCUGAAACUUGACCGAGGUUGAGUUCAAACACGGCUGAUGAUAAAGUCUGCAAGUAUUAUACGCUUUUAUUAAAUAAUGUCGUAGUGAAUUUGGAGAGAACUUCUUGCUUGGGACGUAGUAGUAUAGUAGAUAGGAUAGUUCUCGUGAAAAGGAGAUGAAGUCAGGCCGAUUUAUACAUUCAACAGAGGAUGCUAGUCCAUCAUAGUCUAUCACAUAUUGUGUUAAUUAACAACAGAAAAUUAGAGGUGCUUUUUUAAAUUUUUAAAUGAUGUAGCUCUGGAAAAAUAAAACGUUGUUUCUGGACAACCUCUUCUGAAAGAA